CUGAGCUCCAGGCUGCAGGAGAGUGAGAGGGAGGCCAUGGAGAAAAUGUCCGAAAUGGAGAAGAAGCUCAUUCAGACCACGAAGGAAGUGGAGCUCCUAAAGGAGAGUCUCCGUGAGUCCUGCUCCCAGGUGACCCUCCUGCAGCAGCGAGAACGAGAGAGAGAGCUGGAACGGGAGAUGGAGAGAGAGCGCGAGAGAGACAGAGAUCGAUGUACUCGGGCCCUGAGGGAGCUGGAGGUCAAAGUGCAGGCUCUGGUGGAGCAGGGGCUGGUCCGCAUGGAGCGCACCUCCUCUGGACAGCUGGACGUUCAGGUGGUCCCCGUCAUCCAGCACGAGACGCAGAAAGCCAAAGAGGAAGCAGCUUCAGGUUCAGACCACGAGGACUCUGCCGGCCCCUCAGACCCUCAGCCUCAAGUCUCUGAGGUUCCUCUGCAGUCAGCCACAGCACAAGCUCCUCCUCCACCUCCUCCUCCUCCUCCUCUUCCACCUCCACCUCCAACUGGAACUCCUCCUCCUGCUCCUCCACCUCCACCAGCGGCUCCACCACCCCUGCUGCCUCCUGGAGGAGGUGCGACCCAGCCGUCAGGGGAUGUGACCGAUGGGAGCUCAGGUUGUAAAAAGAAGAAACCCAUUCAAACCAAAUACCGCAUGCCGCUGUUGAACUGGCAGGCGCUCAAAUCCAACCAGGUGGCAGGAACCAUCUUCAACGAGCUGGACGACGAGCACGUCUUAGAG